AUGAUUCCGCGAGCGAUACCGUAUAAGCCGAAACUCAAAAAUCGGAAUGGAACGGAGUUAUUGCAUGCUGAUGAGAUAUUCCGCAAUCGGUACCAUAUUUUGGGACUUAUCGGUCGCGGAGGCUACGGUCAGAUCUACUAUGCAGUUGAUAUAACGAAUAACGCCGAUUUGGCAAUGAAAGUUGAACCACAGAUUCGAAAAGGCUCAUUGACAAAACGAAUGCUCUUGGAGCAGAAGAUUCUCUACCGAUUACAAGGAAGGCCUCAUGUUCCCGUUAUGGUAGCUUCUGGUCACACGGAAAGAUUAAACUUCAUUGUAAUGCAAUUGUUGGGUCCAAAUGUCGGGGACUUGAAGAAAAUGAGCCCAGUGAAACGCCUGAGCCAAUCAUGCGUAGCGAGGAUUAUGAUCCAAGGAGUUGCGGCCCUUCGAGAUGUUCAUUCGCUCGGAUACAUUCAUCGAGACGUCAAACCGGCGAAUAUGUGCUUCGGAAUUACGCAAGCGAGUCGACAUGUGUUGAAACUCGUCGACUUCGGACUUGUGCGUCGAUUCAAAAAUUCGGAUGGCACAUGGCGACGAAAACGCGAAAAGCCGGGCUUCCGUGGAACACUGCGUUAUGUUUCGACAAGAGUGCACGACAAAAAAGAGCAAUGUCCGGCUGAUGAUCUCGUCUCGAUGGUGUUCUCCGGUGUCGAGCUGCUGCUCACCAAUCUGCCAUGGCGAUCUCUUCCGACCGAAGAUUUGCGAGAGGCAAAAGAGGAAUUUAAAGAGCCGAGUUCGCCGUAUCUCUUCCUCACUGGUCCAUUUUUCACAACGUUUGCACAUGCUGUGUUCUCAUUGAACUCGAAUGAUCAACCAGAUUAUUCAGCUCUUCAAGCAUUGUUGUUUGAUAUGACCGCGGGAAAAUCGAUGGUGGACGCCUAUGAUUGGGAAGAAGGAUAUCGUGAGACCGUUGGCAGCUCGCUUGGAAGCAAAAGGCUCAAGAUCGACGAGGAUAUUCUGUGA